CACAACUAUCAUACAUCUGGGGAUCCCCGAACGCGCAACGACGGGGUUGAUUCGAUAUAUCGCGACGCUGGACGAUAGAAAGAGGUCGAUUAGGGUGUGUCGCGCUCCAGGCAGAUUAGCUUUGAGGCCUCCCAGUGCCGUCUUUCAGUCUGAGCGUGCAGCGUGCAGCAAGGGUCACGUUGCUGAUCCCUUCCUGAAGUCACCUUGCAUGCCACCACUUAUUUGAGCUACCUUACUAGCUCAUACGUAGCUCCAGCGGCUGUCGACACUCUUACGCUAGAAAGACAGCCUCCGGCUUGAUCCUGUGUGACCCCUCAAUCCAUAGUCCUGCUAGUCGUAGCAUAAAUGCUGAGCAUUAUCCGCUCGUCUUGGUCGCUUGUCCAAGCUCACCAAGCUCCAGCUUUCUCACUUAAGCUCCGUCGCCAUGGCUAGCGCAACUGACUACGAUGACAAAGCUCAUAUUGAGCAUCACGAUGCUUCCUCCGAGGAGCGAGCUGUUGUCAAUACUGGCAACAGUGUCUCGGCGAAGAUCCAGAAUCCCCUCAUUCACAUGACCGAGGAGGAGAUGCUCCGUGAUGUCGACACAUUCGCCGGAGAAAACAACUUCAAGGAAAUCCAUCCUCUCCUCCGCAGAGGAGCUCUGGUCGCUCGCGAUCCUGUCAACUUCGCCCAAGUUCCAGGGAUCACCGAGGCUGAAAAGGAUGCCAUAUCCAAUGAAGUACUCCAUAAGUGGCGCCAGCCAAAACUGCUCUACUUCACCAUCAUUCUCUGCUCCAUCGGCGCUGCUGUUCAAGGAUGGGAUCAGACGGGUUCCAACGGUGCUAAUCUGUCGUUCCCGGAUGCGCUUGGAAUUCCUGUCCGCGCGAAGUUGGCAGACGGUAGCGUCAAUCCCGACGCGGAACACAACCAGUGGCUUCAGGGUUUGAUCAACGCCGGGCCCUACAUUGCCUCGGCCUUUAUUGGCUGCUGGUGCUCAGAUCCUCUGAAUCAGUUCUUCGGUCGUCGGGGCUGCAUCUUCAUCUCUGCCAUCUUCUGUGCUCUAUCUCCAAUUGGUUCUGCGCUCUCUCAAACCUGGGAACAGCUUUUUGUCACCCGUCUUCUCCUUGGAAUCGGUAUGGGAUGCAAGGGCGCAUCCAUUCCCAUUUUUGCCGCAGAGAACGCUCCCGCAUCCAUUCGAGGCGCCUUGGUCAUGACUUGGCAGCUCUGGACCGCCUUUGGUAUCUUCAUGGGGACUGUCGCCAACUUAGCUGUCAAAGACACCGGCAAGAUUUCGUGGCGUCUGCAGUUUGGAUCCGCCCUGCUGCCCGCCCUGCCUCUCUUGAUCGGUGUCUACUUUUGCCCCGAGAGUCCCCGCUGGUAUAUCAAGAAAGGCAGAUUCCCCCAGGCUUUCAACUCGCUUAAGCGUCUCCGAAACACCGAGCUCCAAGCCGCUCGCGAUUUGUACUACAUCCAUGCCCAGCUUCGCGCUGAGAGCAGUUUGACGUCGAUGAAGACGAACUAUAUCUCGAGGUUUACGCAGCUCUUCACCGUUCCUCGCCUUCGGAGAGCCACUGUCGCAUCGGGUGUGGUCAUGAUUGCGCAGCAGAUGUGCGGUAUCAACAUCAUUGCUUUCUACUCCAGCACCAUCUUCGAACUAGCCGGUGCUAGUGUCACUGAGUCCCUCGUCGCCUCCAUGGGCUUUGGUCUGGUCAACUUUGUGUUCGCAUUUCCCGCACUGUGGACUAUUGACACCUUUGGCCGCCGCACGCUCCUCCUCUUUACCUUCCCUCAGAUGUGCUGGACUCUGCUCGCGGCUGGUUUGUGCUAUUUGAUUCCACAGAGCAGUUCAGCCCAUAUCGGGCUAGUCGCGCUCUUUGUCUACCUCUUUGGCGCAUGGUACUCUCCAGGCGAAGGCCCUGUGCCUUUUACCUACUCUGCCGAAGUGUUCCCGCUCUCCCAUCGUGAAGUGGGCAUGUCAUGGGCUGUCGCAACCUGCCUGUUCUGGGCUGCUGUGCUCUCCAUCACUUUCCCGCGCAUGUUGAGUGCCAUGUCACCGACCGGUGCUUUUGCCUUCUACGCUGGCCUCAAUCUUGUCGCACUAGGUCUGAUCUUCCUCUUCGUGCCGGAGACAAAGCAGCGGACGCUAGAAGAGCUUGAUUACAUGUUUGCGAUCCCGACACGGCGCUUUAUCAGCCACCAAUGUGGUACCGUGUUGCCCUGGUGGAUCAAGACUUGGAUCCUGCGUAAGAAGGUCGGGCCGUGCCCCUCGCUCGUUACUUUUGAGGGCGGUGGUGAGAACGAUCAGAAUCUCCACGAGCAAGUGAGGAGAGCGAGUAUCGCGGCGCAGGGUGGUGAUCCAGACAGGAGGAGGUCUAGCAUUGUCGACAAGGCGAGACAAGCUUUCUAGUUAUCUGCAAGAUUAUAUGUGAACAGUCGCGUUAUGAUGGAAUUUUGCGACAUUGAUAGAAAGCUAGGUCAGUAGUUUAUGUCGAUCGCUAUGCCCAUACAGCAUAAGUUACACCAGUCAAUAUGUUACUAUAGACGUCUCUGUGAAAAAUGACAUUGAUAAAGCUGCAAUGUUGUUCAGUCUGCCGUGGACUGAGCGAUGUAGGAGAUGCCA